AUGAGUCGUAUUGAAUUUUUUAAGGUUGCAUAUUCAAAAAAAGAUGGUCAACCAGUUAAUGAUGUUGUUGCACAAGCCUUGUCAGACAUGGAUGAACUAGUGUCACAAAUGCCAGAGUCUUCUAUGCAAUCUUCAUCGGCAAUAGAUGAAGUUUUCACUCAAGUCAUGGGAUCAGAGCAACCUGGACGUGUUAAAACAUAUGAUUUUGGACCAUCUCCGAGAGAUGUGUUUGGACAUAAAAAUUCAGAAGUGAUGCAAGCAAUGUAG